AUGCUUGGGCCUCUGCAGCCUUCCCUUCUCUUCCUCCCGCUGGCUUUCCAAGCUGCAGCUGCAGGAUCCUCCGGAGAAGAGUCGGGGCCCAUGAGGCUGAACAGGAUUUGGGGAGAGUCAGUCACUUUCUCUCCUGUGGUUCCAACAGGAACGUGGGUUACCAACAUAGUCUGGAAUGCAAAAACAAUUAUAGCAAUUGUGGUACCAGGAAAACAAGCCUCCCUCACUGUUAUAGAUCAAAGUUACACAGAGCGACUGAGAGUCUCUGAUGGGAGCCACUCACUGGAAAUCACUCACCUAAGCCAGGAGGACACAGGCACAUACACAGCACAAAUAACCAUACAGGGAAUGACUAAACCCAUCUUACAGAGAUUCGCCCUGCACAUGUACAAACGACUGACAGAGUCAGACAUCAAAAUCUUCCCCGGGCAGGACUCUGUGCUCACUGUGAAUGGGAUGUGUAACGUCACCCUGCACUGCACCCUCCAGGGGGGAGGAGAGGAUGUGAGCUACACCUGGAACCAGAUAGCAGAGAGCACGGUUGUCUCCAGUGAGGGAUCCAUUUUCAUCUCGCACAGACUGAGAAGUGGAGUCUCACCUGUUACCUGCACAGCCAGGAACCCUGUCAGCAGCAGCUCAAAAUCAAUUUCUCUCCAGGAAUUUUGUGAAGGUUUCGCGAGCAGUCCAGCGAGCUAUUGCCAGGUGAAGGGGAUUCUCCUGCUGGUGGUGCUGGGCGCCCUGGUCACAGCCAUCGUCAUGGUGCACGUCCUCAUCCGGGACAAAGAGAGGCUGGAUUGA